AUGACGUCAGUAAUAUCACCGUUAUUGCUCGUUACGAAAAGAUCAGUGCUGUCAAUUUUCCGAUAUAAGAUAUUUAAAGAUCGAUAUAUACGAGCACGAUGGGAAAGGCCGUACCUGAAAGACUUAUAUCAUCGACGAAUGUUAGGUGGAGCUGAACCUGUACUAAGUCGAUCUGCAUAUCCUAAUUGGAAUUACGAUUCUGAAAUUUAUGCCUUUGGCCAUCGAAUUGGUGCUGCAGAAACGAAUAAGGAUGAGCUAAUUCGAGCACUAACCGAUAGUUCCUUCUAUCAACGGGCUGAUAUAGUGGAGGAAUCAAUAAAUGCUCAACCAAGUAAACAAGAAAGUUAUGAAAUGAGGGAGCACAACAAGCAGCUCAUUCAACUUGGAAAUGAAUUUCUAUGGAAGAAUACAUGUGCAUAUUUACGAUACGGCUUGCUUCAUGCUCCAGAAGAACUCAUUACUAAUCUAGUUUUGAAACUAACAGCCGAUGAACAGAUCGCGAAUUUGGCUACUUAUUUAGGCAUCAAUAAUUUGAUCCGUACUGCCGAAUUCCCACCCUCAAUUCCUUCUUUGUGUAAUGCUUUUAAAGCUCUCCUCGCAACAUUACCCUACCAUAGAGCCACUGCUUUAAUACGAAAUGUAAUCGUGGCACAGCUGAGUGAUUUGGAUAUCGAAGAGGUGUUCCCAUUAGCAGAACCGUUUGCAGUACUUCAAUGCUUCAUGUCUUCCAAUGCCGGUAUGGAAGUGGAACCUCGUCUCUUGCGCUCUACCGGUGAAAUUAGUGCUGAACCAAUGUUUGUUGCUGGUAUCUACGCUAAUAAGAAACUUAUUGGACAAGGUCCUGGAGAAACAAUAUCUAUAGCAGUCGAUAUGGCCGCUAUGGAUGCACUGAUGCGAUGUUGGGGAGUUACAGCAGAUAGGAAGUUUCCGUUUAAUGAGCUUGAUUCUCUCAGUGAUCUCGACUACUUCAACAAGCCACACUAUUCUCUGCAAGAAAUUUGUGGCCCUAGUCUCGUAUUGAAAUUUGUUGAUCUGGAGGAGGAACAAGAACCGAUCAAUGUGAAUGAAGUGGCUUUAAGAUACAAGAAGGAAAUUGAAGCUGCGGUUGGUAUUCCAUUGCGACGACGAUUGCGACAUAAGUUUUCACGUGGGACGUUUGGUAAACGAACCUUUCGUUAUAUCAACAAACCAAAAAUAUAUCAGAUAUGUUGA